AUGCAUGAAAAUAAGUCGAAACCAGCGACUUUAGCGCCCGACGAGACCUUAGACGACGUUAUACGUUAUGAAGUCAAAGAAAUAGGGACACAUGUUCUGGUUUGCGAAGUUAAUUAUGUCACCUUGGCCGGUAUAGCGCAAUAUUUUCGGAAAUUUUUUAAAUUUCAAGUUCUUAAGCCUUUGGGCGUUACUACUAAGUUCUAUAAUGCCGAAAUGGACGAAAUCUAUCUAGAAGCGCAGAUACAAAAUAUCACCACUGGGCCAUUUUGUUUAGAAAAAGUAGAAUUAGAUAGUUCGCAACAAUAUACCGUAACAGCUUUGAAUACUUUGCCCAACGGGGAAUCAGUGUUUACUUCGAAGAACAUGUUACAACCUAAAAAUAGUUGCCAGUUUCUCUAUUGCAUCAAGCCUAAGCCUGAGAUAGCCAAGGAUAUUAAUUUGCUUAGAAUGGCUAAUAAUGUAGGUAAACUGGAUAUAGUGUGGCGUUCGAAUUUAGGCGAAAAAGGACGCUUGCAAACAAGUCCUCUACAAAGAUUGCCUUUUGAAUAUAAGGAUGUGCGCUUAGAAAUUGUAGAAGCGUUGAAUAUCGUUAAAAUUGGAGAGUCUUUUACAUUCCUGUGCAGAAUCACAAAUACCACUGAUCGCCCUAUGGAUUUAAUAGUAAAGUUACCAACAAUUUUGGAUUUCAAUUGUCCGUAUACCGGGUCAGCGGAAUUCUGCUUAGGUCCUCUGGACCCAACCCAACAGAGAGAAUUUCCUUUGACAAUAUUUCCUACCAAAUUGGGUUUGAUUAAAGUUUCGCCCUUGAUAUUGAUUAAUACCCUUAAGGAGCAGUAUACCAUUGCCAAGGUGGUAGACGUGUUUGUAGUCGAUGAUGAUUAUUAUGAAGAUGAAACCUUUCAAAUGAAUAAAUUUGUUAGAUAGAGUGCCUCCAAA